UGGUCCGUGCUUAUCACCCCUCUGAAGCCCCUGAGCCCCUGAGCUCUUAGGCUUGGCAAAUUAGAGACGAGCAUAGUUGGGCAGUGAGAAAAGCCAACAGAGAUGGUUGAACUCAAUUCCGGAACAAUUUUGGUACCAUCUACCAUAGUCAACAUCGCGAUUUCAAUGACAUCCUCCCAAAAACGACAGUUCGACAGUCGGCCAGAGACUUGCUCGAAUCUGGCUUAGCCGGGGAGCAGUUAUCACUGCGGGCACCAAUGAAACAUGGUGCGAUACACACCAAUCACAGCAUUGCGCUCCGAUAAGCAGAACCCAGGUGCAUUCAAGUGCCAACAACGCGAAUUUGGAGGUUGGUUGAGAACAGCCACAGCCACAUCUUGCGAAUUUCAUUCCACAUCAAUGCCCUAGUCAAGGUACCUACUCAGUAUCAUGGAUUCCCCAGAGGGCGAGUUUGACGGCAACGAUUUUGCCAACAACCUCUUCAGCGAUCUCGCCCCCCUCCUGACGCUUUUCGGGGAGCAAGUCACAAAACAGUUCCUGUCCAUGAGUGUGGGAUGGGCCGACAACGUACUCUUGGCAAUGGGCCCCCUAGGUAUCUUGACCAUUGUUGUGAGCGCCAUCCGUGUAGCGGGUGAGACCGUACCAAACCUCAAGGCGCUCAUCGGCAGAGCAAGGGAGGACAGGGCCAGCGUUGAAGUUGAGUUACUCUCUUCAACAUCUAGGGAGGUUUGCGAACUGUGGACAGGAACCCAAAUCGUUCGAGUACGCGGACAACCCCUCAUAUCUCAGCCGUUCAUCAUGACCGACACGGGUAACGUCUAUCCCCUGUGGAAUGAUGUGGCGCAGGGGACUUUUGAGGUCAACUUCAUGGCGAAAGACUGGGAUCGCGAAACCAGCUUGUUGGCAAAAGUGCCGCCCAACCUUGGCUUAAAUAUCAGCGGUGCUAUCCCUUCGAACCGUGAAAUGUGGAUGUGGGCUGCUCUGGGAACUGUCCUGCAACUAGCCUCCCUGGUUGUGAGCGGGACUGUUACUUAUCGUUGGAACUUGGCCCAGGUCGAAGUUCCCACCACCACAUACGGAUAUCCCUGCUAUCUUGUGGGCAGUCUGCUUUUGACUCUCGGGGUUCUCCUGUGCGGACAUAUAGUUGAGGCUGUCAGUAAAGAAAGAACUUUCAGAUGUAAGGCAAAAAUGCGAAAGAGAGUGCGCAUUUUUCGCAUUCAACUGGCCGCCACCGUGAACGACCAGCACUUUGACAGUUAUCUUAUCUUCAACUCCCCCGAGAAUCCUGACGUCUAUGCAUCAUUCUAUCAGGGCAUGAAGAAGAAUACUCGAUAUUAUGCAAUUGCAGGAUCAGCGCUGUCAUUCAUGGGCUUUAUCACACAAUUUAUUGGAUUGAGGGGAUUGCAUUGGUCAGCUGCCGUUAUCCAGCUUGCCGCCACGCUCGUCAUGACGGUUUUCAGGGCCUACGUUCGACGAGGCCUUGCCAAGGGCCUCCCUGCUGUCCUGGUAAAUACAGAUCUGGACCCUGCGCUCACCCUGGCGGUGAACGUUGCUAAAUGGCAUACUUUGGAAAGUUCGAUAGAAAGGUACGCCAGGAAAAAGCUGACGGGCUUGAACUGUGAGUCUCUCGAAUCUCUCGGCAUCAUAACCGGCGGUUGCAAGCUUUGGUAUCAAAGUGGGCGUGUUACAGGAAAUAUAGCUGUGCGUCACGAAGUCCUCCUUCCAAAGUCAACACCGCCAACCGGUCGACAACUGCCUCACCUGUCUACAUCCAUAAGAAUUGAGGGGAAGUCACCGGGGGGUGCUGCAACGGAACAGGGCACAGAAGUUCAUGCACUCCUGACCAUGUGGGAAAACGCGUCAUUUCUCCACAGGGAACAGUCUGCUGCAUCGUCGCAAGCUCAAAUUUUGGAGGAUGCAAUCUGGAAAAUCAUGGCAUAUUUGGAAGAGUCGGGGAGGGAUCCAACACCACUGAUCAGUUGGAAGAAAACUUCCCCAUUUCUUAAAAGGGCCUCCCAAUCUGCAGAGUGUGGUCGAUUGAUAUGGGGAGUGGACUGCUUAGGGUACCGAUCACCAAAGGAUGGAAAUGGCUGCGAACCUCUCGAGGCCACAGCAUCCCACGUUUAUUCAACAGAAAUUCCCUUGGCAGUUGACUACCCCACGACAAAGAUGCGGGAUAUUCUUGAAGCUCUUCUUUCAAUCUCUUCCUGUGGCAGUCAGCCCUUCAGAAUGGCUAGAAUCAUUGGGACGCAACUAGUACCCUCCGACAAUCCGGUGCAGGGUAAUCUAGCCCGGUGGCUUGGAAGUAGGUCGAGGGCUGGAAAUAUGAAUGGGAUCGCUGACGAAAACGACUAUGGAAUGGGCUGGGGACUCUGCUGGGGAAUGUAUCUGUCACCCUUGGCCAAGUCACACAACAAUGGAAACGACGGGGACACCAAGGCUAGGACGCUCACGAACGAUGAUUCUGGUGAAGAGAGAAUCAUAAUUGUCCCUUGGCCAAAGGCCUCCACCGGUCUUGAAAGCUAUGCUCAAGAGCUUUUUUCCCUUUUCCUCUUAGCGAUAGCAGAACAUAUCGAGAAGGUGAAUGGCGUUACUGAAAACCUUGAUAUUGAUACAUCCCCGGCUAGCAAGGAGCAAGAUGGCUACAUGUACGAAUAUCAGAAUACAUGGCAGGACGUGGAAACUCCUCCCAGGUCACUGGAGAACUCUGUGUUUGAAGGCUUGGUAGACAUUGCUGUCGAAACAGGUAUUUGCACAACCAGGAAGGCAGCCCGGAUUCUUAUCAUUCCAGCCUUUGCAUGGCACGGUCUACUUCCAGAAGUGGACAGUACUAGCACUGUGGAGAACAAAAAUGAAGCAUCGGAAAACUUAGGCCCAGUUAGGAGCGGAUUGAUGUCAAGACAAGGCGCCGGAUGGGAUGCAGCCUAUAGUGUUGAAACAGAUUCACAGCAGGAGGCGGGGCAGACUAGGUAGCAACGAGAUGGACCGAGAAGAGAAAGAGAAGAUGGAGUAGGUAAUAGAAACGUUGGUGGAAUGAUAAGCGCUUAAAGGAUAUAGGGUUACCACUUCUAGCUUGGAAUUAGGCCCACGAUACGUGAUAAUGGUCUCUGGUUAAUAUCAAA